UCAGACGUGAACGUAAAUAAAGUGGUCCCUCUUGUUCGCGUCUGUAUCAGUUGAUGUCAACAUCGGAUGUACACGAGUCGUAUACUGACCACCACCGCAAAUUUCGGACAGUGUUAAGUGUUGAGUUGGAUUAAAAUUAUUCUAAUUUGGAUUUAGCUUGGCUGUUUCUUAUAUUCUUCAAAAGAAAAAAAAAUUGUGAAACUUCAGUUCGGCAAGACAGAUUUUAAAUUACGUCUAAAGCCACCCACAUCAUCGCCUUGUUAACGGUAGCCCCGUGAGUGCCAGACAAAAAUCGAUUUCUGAUUCCCUCCCGCCUGGAAGUUGAGCCACACUGCACAUUGCCAGCACUUGGCAAACAGUCGGCAGAGAUCAAUCGAUUCCAGCACGAGCAUGAAAGCCGUAGCGACAGAAAGGCCGAGGACUGGCAGCAUUCUUGGAGUGAAGAAAGACGCCAACAUCAUGAAGGCAGCUAGCAUCGAGUUCCGUGGGGAGAAAUUCAAUCUCAGCGAUGAAAUGAAGGAAUGUUUCCUCAAGCUCAGCGACAUGGUCCCCGACGUCCCCAGGAACGAGUCCGGCAACAUCGACGGCACCGUGCUCAUGCAGUACGUCAUCGACUACAUCCUGGACCUGGAGCUCCAGCUCGACGGUCAGGGCAACCUCACCACGACGGCGGCGUUCACGUCAUCCUUCCCCUCCAAGUUCGUCACCGACUCCUCGAGAGAGCCCUUGUCGGAGAAGACACUGGACAACAUUGUCGCGUCACAUUACGAGUUUCAGAUGUCAUCCCCCGCCACUUCACUCAGUGAUGAUUUGAUAUCAAGGACGGGAGACUGUGACAUCAGACCACCCUCUAAGUGAAAUACUCCACUCAUAAACACAUGAACCAUGAAAGCUACUGUGAUGUAUCCUUCCAACACUCGCCCCCCACACCCCCUAACCCACACACACCAUUGUCGUCACCAUCUGUGUGGUGCUUGUCUACGUGAAGUGGUCACCUGUCUCUUCUGAAUGGUCACCCUCUCCAGAUUCAAGCAAAAAAAAACGUCUCUCCAGUCAUCCAUGGGUCACGUGACUUUUUCUUUGUUCAGUGGUUCUCAUCAGGAACAGUGAGGCGACCCCCACCCCCACACAGUUUUCCCACACUCUUGAUGUCUUCACAGCUGUGUUGUGGGAGGUGUGGAGAAAAUACGGCGUGGGGGGGGGAGGGAGGUUUAGCUACUGUGACAAUAGAAACAAUGGUGCAUUCAGUCUUUAACACCUGACAAGGUAUACAUGAACUUUGAACUGGAGACGUGAAAAUAACAAAUGGGGGAUCACUUUGAUAUGAACAAUUUGUGAUAAAAAUAAGACACAACAGGAAAUCUUCAACUCGAAAGGAUUAAAAAAAUUUGGAAGUUUCAAGAUUUUUUUUUAUGUGAACUGUAAUGUUUUUUAUGGAGUAGUGUUUAGAAAGUUAAGUCAAGUAGUUUGUAUUCGAUGUGAUACUAGAUUUUUGCAAUACUUCUUGCUUCUGUGGCUAGUGUAGAGAGAGAUAGACUUUAAAAAUAGACUUUAAAAAAAGAUUGACUUUAAAAAAAUUAUAUAGAUUUAAAAUCUAAAUAUAGAUUGUGAAUACGAGAUUGUAAAUUUAAUUUACCUUAAAUUUAAUUUACGGUUUAAAUAAAUAUUUUGUACAGAUGAGAGAAAUAAAAAUUGUUUUAUGCGAGGUCACACAAGGGCAGUUUGUACAUUGUUACAAAGUGUGUUAAAAUUUGAAUUGAGGUCAAGAUGUGUGUUGGGUGUGUCAGGUGUGUUGUCUGAAGUGUGUGGUACAUAAUCUGGGUGUGUUGUGUAAAACACAGCUAAUUAUGUAAGGGUGUGUUGAUUGUUUCAAAAUGUACAUAGAUGAUUGUGGUAAGAUCGGUUGAAGAAAUGUAAAUAUGAUUGUGUUUUGCGUAUAUGAAUAUGUAUAAAGUGUUGCGGUUGAGUUUGGAGUAUGGUUGUAGCUAUGAUUGUGACAUGAAUGUAUGUGUUAUCAGUUGAGUACGAUUGUACCAAUCCUGAUUGUAAAGAUGUGUGCAAUCUAAGAUGUUUAUUCUACACUCUUUAUAUAUGUAUAUUUUAUACGUGAAUGUUACAGAAGGCUUUUUAUUUUAUGUUAUAAUCAUUUAUUAUACUUAAAAAAGAUUAUUUUGUGAUUAAAACAAGAUUGUAAUGCACAUAAA